AUGCACCCCAUUGUUAUAUUAUUCUUGAUUAGUAUUUCUCUUGCAGAAUGUGACAGUAAUCAAUAUCUCAAUAAUAGAGGAGAUUGCUUAGAAUGUGAUGGAGUAUAUCCUGGAUGUAAUAGUUGUGAUUCUACUAAAUGUACUUCUUGUAAACCAGGAUAUAAACAAAUACCAUCACAAGAUGCAGCAGUUAAUUGUGAAUAUUUAGAUGGGUUUACUUCAGAAGAAAAAACAAGUUGUAAUACUGGAUUUAUCCAAAAUUCAAGUUCAUGUGAGUAUUGCUUAAAUUGUGUUACUGGUAGUUGUGAUCCACAAAAUAAAUGUACAAAUUGUUUACCUGAUUAUUUCUUAAAAGAAGGAAAUUGUUAUACUUGUUAUAAAUGUAAAUCAGGAAAAUGUGCCUCUAUUACAGGAUGUACAGAAUGUGAAACAGGAUAUUAUUCCAAAGAUGGAUUUUGUAAUUCUUGUGGAGCUUGUAAGUCUGAUAAAUGUGGUGAUUCUGGUUGUACAGAAUGUGAAGAUGGAUAUUAUUUAAAGGAUGGAUAUUGUACUAGAUGUGAGAAUUGUGAAGGGGAAUGUUCAAAUAGUGAAGGAUGUGCUAUGUGUAAAUUCCAUUAUUAUGAAGAUGAAGGAAUGUGUUUGAGGUGUAGUCUUUCAUGUAAAGAGGGAUGUGAUAAAACAGGAUGUAUUGAUUCAAAUUCUGCAUCUCUUUCUUUUAUUUCAUUGGCGUUGAUUCUCGUUUUUAUCUCCUUCUUUUAA